AUGGCAACGAAAUCACAACCUUCCACCGAGUUAGACGCUCUCGAGCUUUCCGAUCGAUCCAAAGAUACUUAUCUCCCUACGACCGACGUGAAUGGACAAAAUACUGCUCAACUACCCCAGACGGAUUAUCGGUAUGACGAAGAAGCCGCUGCGAAUGGCAGGUAUAGAAAGUACCCCAAUGGCGUUGUUGGUCUAGCUAAGCGAGGUAUGGAUGUAUUGGUUGAACAUGGUGUGGAAGAGAGAGGUAUAGAACCUAGACCUGAAGAUGAUCGAGAUACACUGACUAUCUGGUCAUACCUCCCUCAAACGACAUUAUGGGCAGCCUUCAACUUCAACAUCCUUUCUUUUUCAGAAGGUGUCAUUGGACCAGCUCUUUUUGGUUUGAAUUGGCGAGCCUCAGCAGCAUGUAUCGUCCUGUUUACUCUUGCUUCCGGUAUACCAGUAGCAUACUGCGCCACGAAUGGUCCGAAGACAGGUAUGAGGCAGAUGGUACAGGCUAGAUAUGGCUUAGGAUACUUCCCCGCCAUGAUCUUCGGUCUGAUAAAUUGCGCGACCAUGAUCGGAUUUAUGUCUCUUACCGCCAUCUUAGCUGGACAAUGUCUGUCAUUAGCAUCGAAUAGUACAAUGAGCUAUAACGUUGGAAUUGUGAUUGCUGCUCUAAUAGCUUUAAUCCUCUCCUUCGUCGGUCUAAAAGCAUUGCAUAUCGUAUCACUCACCGCAUUCCCGAUUAUGAUCGUCGUCUUCAUCGCCCUGACAGGGAUAUCAGGAAACAAGCUUCACCUAGCUGUUGCACAAGCUGCCUACGACGCUACAGGGGUCACUGCUAGUGGUGUGUUAGGUUAUGGAGCAAGUUUGAUUGGAUUUACUAUCACGUAUUCUUCUUUAGCUAGUGAUUUCACCACCUCGUUACCCGCUCACACCCCUCGAUUACCCCUAUUCCUCUGCGUCUACCUCGGUCUUACCAUUCCGAUAAUCUCAAUCACCCUACUCGGAGCAGCUUGUCAAUUGGCCUCGUACUCUAUUGUCUCAUGGGCUGAAGGGUCUGAAGUUGGUGUACCAAAUUUGAUAUUCGAAAUCACAGGCUCAGGUGGAGGAGCAAGAUUCGUCAUGGUUUUGUUCUGUUUGAGUGUAGUCGCCAAUACUGCUCCAACCAUUUAUUCAGCUGGAUUGAGCGGUCAAGUCGCUAUCCCCUUUUUGGUCAAAGUUCCUAGAUAUUUCUUAGCUGUUAUCGUCACAGCUAUAUACCUCCCUAUUGCCAUCGUCGGAGCAUCAUCAUUCUACGUUGCUCUCGAAAACUUCUCAGCGGUAUUGUCAUAUUGGACUGCCUUGUAUAUCCCACCAACGUUGAUCGAACCGAUGUUAUUCCGUAAUCCAGUAGGUAGGAAGACUUACCCUGUUGAAAUUUGGAAUAAGAUUGGUAAAUUACCUAUUGGUUUGGCAUGUAUAUGUUCAUCGAUAUGCGGCAUACCCAUCAUUGUCGCUUCGAUGUCUCAGUCCUGGUGGGUCGGAUGGAUAGCCAGGAAGAUCACCGCUGGAUCUGGAGACGUCGCUUUCGAACUUGGAGCAACGGUCGUCACCUUAGUCUAUUUACCUGUUAGAUAUCUAGAAAGGAAGUAUACUGGUCGCUAA